CAAAUAAGCGAAUUGAAAUUGUUAUUGAUAUAUUGUAAUUGGACCAAGGCAAAACCCUAGCCAUCUCAGUCGGCCCAAGGGGUUGGGUUAAGGAUUGUAUUCGGCAGUUAUUCAUUGGGCCAACCUUUAGUUUGAAAUGAGCUGCUUAAACCCACAAAAAGGCCCUUAGCGGCCCCCAAUCGAGUAAAAAACAAUGGUCUAGCUAGCAUGCCUUGUUGUGACGGCGGAAAUUCCCACGGCUCUACGGAAGCGCUAAGAGACAGCAAUUGAGGCAUGGAGCUCACGGUCUCACUCAUAGUCUCAUAAUCUAAUCUUUUUUAUGGAAUUUUUUAGAUGCAUUUCUACAUCGUGGACGGGUAGUUGGCGAGUUGUCUCUGCCGGUCAAACCAGUGAAGUCUGAAAACUAUUCUAUCUCAAGUCUAAUGAAUGUUUUUUAUCCUUUUGUUUAGUGUUUUUGUUGAUCUUCCGCCCCGCUUAAAUCGCAAACCCAAAACCCCAGAAUUUCCCAGUUACUUCCAAACUCCCAGCAAGCAUAUCCUUGUUGGAUUCUUGUGAAAUCCUCUGCUACUGGCUUACAUCUAUAAACCCUGAAGGGAGCAACUUUAUUUCAUUCUCUUACCAGCAAUGGCAUCUCUUUCGCAGUCAGCUACCUUCCUCAUCACCAUCUUCUUCUUCUUCUUUACAUUCAUUCACAUCCCAACCACACACGCUAUUCCUUUCGUCGUUUUUCACGGCAUUAGUGAUAAAUGCAGUAACCGUGGAGUCACUCAAUUCACUGAACUUUUAAGCAGCUGGUCUAAUUCUCAAGGCUACUGUGUGGAAAUUGGAGAUGGAUCAUGGGAUUCAUGGACUAUGCCCCUUUUAGAACAGACAUCAAUUGCUUGUGAGAAGGUGAAAAACAUGAGUGAACUGAGCGAGGGUUACAACAUAGUUGGACUCUCUCAGGGUAGCAUGAUUGGUCGAGGGGUUAUUGAAUUCUGUGAUGGAGGACCCCCUGUCAAGAAUUUCAUAUCUUUGGCAGGGAUUCAUGCUGGUACUGCUUCAAUUCCAUUUUGUGGAUCUGCUCUGAUAUGCAUACUUCUGGAUAGCUUAAUCAAGUCGGAAAUUUAUAGCGACUAUGUCCAGGAACACUUGGCGCCCAGUGGUUAUCUUAAAAUUCCAACGGACAUAUCUGGCUAUCUCAAAGGAUGCAGAUUCCUCCCAAAACUCAACAAUGAAAUCAAUGGCACGAGAAAUUCCACUUACAAGGAACGGUUUGCCAGUUUACAGAAUCUAGUGCUUAUAAUGUUCGAGGAUGAUACAGUUUUAAUACCUAAGGAAACAUCCUGGUUUGGUUAUUAUCCUGAUGGUUCCUUUGAUACUAUAUUGCCUGCACAAGAGACCAAGCUUUAUAAGGAAGACUGGAUUGGUUUGAAAACCUUAAAUGAAGCUGGAAAAGUUAAAUUCAUAAAUGUGUCAGGUGGUCAUCUGCAAAUCGCGAAAAGUGACAUGAAGAAGUACAUUGUACCAUACUUGGAUGACCAAGCAUAUGCACCAACAGAGCAGACUGUGACAGAAUCUUCAUCUUAUGAAUGGCUUUCAAGACUCUGGUACUUGUUUAAGGAUCUAAUUGGCCUUGAUGAAGAUCUACCUUUGGUGCGUACCGCGUGCUAAACCAAGUGCUAUUGUCUUGUCUGAAUAAGACGAAGCAAAAUACAGUACGGGUUUAGCCUCUACCUCUACCAUUCAGAUGUUUGAGAACUUCCUACUCAAAGAUGUAAUCCUCUUGCACCAAUUAAAAAAAAAAAAAACUCUCCAAAUUAAACAUAUUGGCUAACCUUCAGCAACAUGUUCUGCAACAUCAAUUAC